AUGUGUGACCUCAAAAUAUAUGUUUGUGAUUAUUGGAGAAACUUGACUCCUCAGAGCAUAAGAUUUAGGCAUGGCCAAGGGUCUGAUAAAGUUGUCAUCAACUGUGAUUAUUCUCUUCAUGGUCUAAGUGUUGCUACUUGUUCAAAGGAAUUUCCAAGUUUUGAUUUGUUCGUUGAGGAGGUUUCUAAUGGUGGUGAUUAUAGCUAUUCAUCUGGUAUUUCGACGCAGUCUCCCAGUAACGAUGAAUCAUGUAGUGGGUUCACCGAGACUUCAAAGAUUAAAUACCUGACGGAAGGUCAUGAGCAAUUAAAACCUCUUUUAUCUGACGGUUGGGAGGAUAUUUUUAAAGGUAUUGGUCAAGUUUUUCAUGGUGGUGUUGAUGAGGUUCGUUUAGCUGUCAGCAAAUAUUGCAGCAAGUUUGGUUAUUCAGCUGCAAAGGUUAAGAAUGAUAGACUUGGAUUCACAGGCAAGUGUAGUAGGGAUGCAGAAUGUCCUUGGUAUCUGCACUGUAUUCCAAUUGGUACCGCUAAAAGUGUCUUUGCUAUCAAGGAAUUCAAUGGGGAGCAUAAAUGUGGUGGUGCUUAUAAGCUGAAGGACCCACCUGUGAAGAAGAAAUUGAUAAAACAUCUGUUCAAGGAUCAAAUACAGUCAAAUCCGUCGAUAAAGCCUAAUGAUAUGGUUGCUCAGGUGAAGAGUUGUUACGGUAUUAACAUAAAAUACCAUCAUGCUUAUAAAGGAAAGAGAGCAUCUAAGGCAGAGAUAUAUGGCGAUGAUGUAAAAAGUUAUACGGAUCUUGUUUGGUAUGUUGAAGCAAUAAAGGCUACUAGUCCUGGCAUCUAUAUUAAGUUUGAGUAUGAUAAAGAGACUAAACGGUUUCAGAGGCUUUUCAUAUGUUUUGUUGCCUGUAUGAAAGGAUACCGGUUCAUUCGCCCUAUGCUUUACUGUGAUGCAACUUUUCUCACUGGGAGAUUCAAGGGAACAUUGAUGGCUGCCACUGGUGUGAAUGGAAACCAAGGUUUCUUUCCUUUUGCGUUUGCUUUAGUUCCUUCAGAAGAUAUUGAAGGUUGGGAGUGGUUCAUGGAAAACUUGCAGCAUUGUGUCGACUCUCGUCCUGUCACCUUUAUCAUUGAUCGUCGUGAAGGUCUGAAGCAAAGUAUUCCUAAGUAUUUUCCCAACUCUUAUCAUAGUUACUGUUUUUAUCAUUUGAAGAAUAACCUCCCCGUCAAGAAAGGACAUGAGAAGUAUAAACAAGUUCUGGAUUUGUUCCAUAAAGCUGCAUACUGCUACAACGUUGCCAAAUAUGAGUCUGCUUUGAAUGAGAUGUGCAUCAUAGGAUGUGGAUGGGUUGCCAAGUACCUUAGAAAUAUCGAUCCGAAGCACUGGGAAAAUGCUUUCUUCGUAGGAUGUAGGUAUGGUACACACUCAUCAAGUAUUGCAGAGUCUUUCAAUAACUGGAUUCAUCGUGAAAGGGAUCUUCCUCCAGCUGCUCUUGUUGAUGAGAUCAAGAUAAAUAUUAUGAGGAUGAGUGCAGAAAGGCGUGAUCUUUGUAGAACCUAUCAUGAUAGUUUGACUCCCAUCUAUAAAUCUUUACUCAAGUCACAUGUCGAUAUAGGUCGUCCAUGGAAUGUUACUGAGUCAGGUAAUGGUAUAUAUGAGGUUCACUCUCCUAGCUCUCAUGAUGUUGAUCUGAUGCAGAUGACGUGCACUUGCCAGAGAUGGAAAGUGUUUGGCUUCCCCUGUGCUCACGCCAAUGCUGUUAUUACUAUGAAUGGUACUGAUAUUUUGAGGUUUAUUCAGCCUUACUUUGGUUCAAACCAUUUUCGCAAUACCCAUGCUCCUGCAAUUCAACCAAUUCUCAACUACGACAGGCCAGAAGGGUAUGAACCUGAAAAUAUAGUCCUUCCUGGUAUUCCAAGGUGUACAACAUGCAAUCUGGGAAUGCUCCUUGAUCUGGCACUCCUUACAGAUUUUCAAAGCUUUAUACUUUCUGUAUAUAUAGUAGUCCAACAAGGUGGUGUCCAAGUAAUCAUCGAACAACAGAGAAACGAUUUCACUUCCUUGAACUGA